AUGGCUGGAAACGAAGACCAUCUGGCGUAUGGGAAUAUUCCCGGGCAGUCUGAUCGUGCUUCUGGAGGCAGCGGUGGCACCAGGGGCUUUCUAGGAGACACUCUGCGCACAUUCCGUGAUAAAUAUGAUAAGUACUCACAGCAACACGGCCAGCAGCACGGCCAGCAGCAACAUGGCCAAUCUGGGAACCAUGGUUACAACCCCCAAGGCCAGGCACAGUAUCAACAGCCGCCAUCCAACCAGCAAGGAACACCGUACGGACCUGAUCCUACUCAUGGACAGAAUCCUCAAUAUUACCAGAGCUCUAGUGGUGGUGAUAACAGUGGAAAGCCUCCAAAGCCCGACCUAGUCUCCGGCAUAUUUGGCAAGAUACAAGGCAUCGGUUCAGAGAUGGCACAGCGGAUUGGAUCCAAUCUCGAUCCGCAUGCUUAUGCUACAUAUGGCGCGGGCACUACCGGUUCCAAAUUGAAGAAUAGAUACGGGAGCUUUGCGCCUGUCCGAGACUACGGUGAUGCCAAAUGGUAUGUUGAUGGAUGCAGCUACAUGUGGGCUGUUUCUAGAGCGCUGGAAACUGCCAGGGAGUCUAUUUGGAUUCUUGACUGGUGGCUAUCUCCGGAACUAUACCUCAGGCGGCCUCCAGCUCAGAAUGAACAGUAUCGUAUCGACAGGAUGCUCCAAGCGGCUGCUCAGAGAGGAGUUCGUGUAAACAUCAUCGUCUACAAGGAGGUUACCCAGGCGCUGUCAUUGUCGUCAUCCCAUACUAAACACCAUCUUGAGGACUUGCACGAGAACAUUGUCGUAUUCCGUCACCCAGACCAUUUACCAGACAAGCAAACUGUACACUCAGAUGUGAUGUCUUCGUUCCAGAAUCUGACACUUAACGCCGCAGGUAUCUCAAAACUGUCUAGCGAUGCCCUUAAAACAGUGUAUGGACUCAGCGGGGGCGUUGUCCUUUUCUGGGCACACCAUGAGAAGCUGUGCAUUGUCGACGGCAAGACCGCAUUCAUGGGUGGCCUUGACCUCUGCUUCGGGCGCUGGGAUACAUAUCAACAUUCUAUUGCUGAUGUCCACCCAGCUGACUUGAACCAGGCUGUCUUCCCUGGCCAAGAUUACAACAAUGCCCGAGUUUUGGAUUUCCAAGAUGUUGUCCACUGGGAGAACAACCAAUUAGACCGAAAGUCGAACUCUCGUAUGGGAUGGAGUGAUGUUGCCGUCAGCUUGCACGGCCCAGCCGUGGAAGAUCUAAGGAAACACUUUGUGGAUCGUUGGAAUUUCAUCUAUGAUGAGAAGUAUGCCGUUCGCAAAGUCCCACGCGUCUCUAGACUUGAGCUUUACCAUCAGCCGAUGGGUAUGGGUAUGGGAUCCCAGCAUUCUUCAUCACAGCAAGCCCCAGGAGCCCCGUCGAAUACUGGGUCCCAGGGAUAUCAGCAGCCGGGUGGAGGACAGGGUAGCCAACAACAAUACCCGCCACCCAAUCCACAAAUUACGCAGCAAGGGUCCCAAUCACCAUACUACCCACCACCUCCUCCUGGGCCUCCGCCAGCUACAUCAUCUACUGGUGGAUAUCAGGGACAAACGUCUGACGCUCCGUACUUCCCCCCUCCACCCAGCCAGGGUAAUCCUCCCACUCAAAGCCGUGGCGUUGAAGAGUAUAACGAGGGCGAGGGCAGCCGUGGUAUGGGUUUGAAGGGUGAAAUUACCGGCUUUGGUAACACUCUACGUGCACAGUUAGCGGGCCAAGUCCAUCGCUAUCAGGAUCGAUACCUUACUGGCGGCGCUCCAGGGCAAGGCCAAGGUCAUUCCAAUACAAAUGUGUCUUGUCAGAUAGUUCGCAGCAGCGCGAAAUGGAGCAACGGUACCGAGACGGAGCAUUCAAUUGCAGAUGCAUAUGCCGCCAUCAUCCGCGAUAGCGAGCACUUUAUCUACAUUGAAAACCAGUUCUUCAUCACCGCCACGUCUGAUGCACAGAAGCCAGUAAAAAAUAAGAUCGGUGCGGCGAUUGUCGAACGUAUCCUCCGCGCCGCAAAGGCAGGACAGAAAUAUAAGAUGAUCGUAAUCAUUCCUGCUGUGCCUGGUUUUCCCGGCGACCUCCGCGAGGAUGGCAGUUUAGGCACUCGCGCAAUCAUGGAGUUCCAGUAUUUCUCUAUCAACCGUGGAGGAAACAGUAUCAUGGAGGUGAUUUCCCGAGAAGGUUAUAACCCCAUGGAUUACAUUCGUUUCUACAACUUGCGCAAUUAUGACCGCAUAAACGCCGGUGCCAUCAUGCGCCAGGCAGAAAAAGCGAGCGGAGUGAAUUAUGAAGAUGCAAGAAAGCAGCAUGAUGCUGCUAUGACCUCAUCGAGGCCUACUGCUUUCGAUACCACAGCUGCGUACCCCCAGUAUCAGCAGGCCGCCCAGCAUGUAGCCGCUACAAAUCCACAGUCUGCCGCUAGUGGCCGAUGGGACACCGUAAGCUCGUGUUAUAUGCUUGGAGGAGAGGAUAUUCGUAAUGUUCCCUGGGAGCAUCACGAUGAUAUGUCUGAAAUUGAUGCCUUCGUCACGGAGGAGCUCUAUGUUCACUCGAAGGUUCUCAUCGCCGACGAUCGUACUGUGAUCUGUGGAAGUGCAAAUCUGAACGACCGUUCCCAGCUGGGUGACCAUGACUCUGAGAUUGCAGUCAUCAUCCAAGACCCAACGGCGAUAGAUUCACGGAUGAAUGGCCAGCCUUAUGCCGUCAGCAAGUUUGCCGCAACCCUCCGACGGCAGCUCUGCCGGAAGCACCUUGGAUUGCUCCACCCUCAAGAUUAUCAGCGCCCUGAUGCCAACUGUGAACCCGUCGGAGUUCCUAAUCAAUAUGAUUUCGGCUCACCAGAGGACAACAUAGUAGUAGACCCUGUUGCUGAUACCUUCCAUAGCCUUUGGAACACGCGUGCUAAACAUAACACUGAAGUCUACAGAAAGGUCUUCCACGUGGUGCCGGACGAUACUGUCCGUAACUGGAACGACUACAAAGAGUUCUAUGAGUAUAACUUCCGUAAGCCGGAUGGUAAGGAGGAAAACCAGCCACGGUAUCUACCGGGCCAUGUGAUUCGUGACGAGUUCCCCGAAGGUGUAAAAGCAGUCAAGGAAGAGUUGGCUAAGGUCAAGGGAACCAUUGUUGAAAUGCCACUGAUGUUCUUAGCGGAGGAAGACAUCGCCAAAGAAGGAUUGAACCUGAACUCGUUCACCGAAACCCUCUACACUUGA